AUGACGUCGUCGCUCCCGAGGAUCCGGACCGUGGCGGGCGACCGCGCGAUACGACUCAACGCGACGCGCGCGGAGGCGGAGGAGGACGCGAGCGGGCUUUUGCGCACCCCCGCGGCGGGCGAAGCGAAAGCGACGAGACGCGCGGAUAUCGCGCCUCCGACCGCGGAGCCGCGCCCCCGCGCCGCGGACGCGGACGCGCGGCGACUCGUGUCGCGCCUGCGAGAGGUCCUCGCGACGACGACCGUGGGCGACCUCGUCCGCGCGAAGACCGCCGCGCGGCGCGCGUCGCGCGACGUCGACGGCGUCCUCGUCGUGGACGCGAAAGACAGCGUCGGAGACGCCCUGCGCGCGCUGUCCGAACGCGGCGUCCUCUCCGCGCUCGUGACCGAGCGCGACGAGGAGGACGACGACGAGAUGGAGGAGGAUGAGAAGGAGAAGAAGAAGAAGAAGAAGAAGAAGAAGAAGAACCCGCGCGCGGUGCGAUACCGAGGGUUCCUGUCCGUGAACGACGUCGUGCUCGACCUCGUGUCCAGGGGCGCGGACGAAGACGCGCGCGAGACGCUCGUGCGCGGACUCGCCGCCGUCGCCGCCGGCGGCGGCGCGGCGACGGAAGUCGAACCGUCGCGCGAGGAACUCGAACGGGCGCGCGAGGCGUGGAACUGGCCGUCCCUCCCCGUGAGCGAGAUCAUGUCCCCCGUCAACUGGCAGGACGGACGCGUGAUGUUCGCCCCCGACGACCCGUCGUUUGACGGCGUCUCGGCGCUUUCGCUUGUGGCGUCGCGAUUUUUUCACGACGAUCCCUCCGGCCCCACGUGUCACCGCGUCGCGUUGAUGCGACGCGUAACGCCGUUCGAGGACGCGUUACACACCCACGAGCGCGCGACAAACGCGCGCGGCAUCACGCACGGCGACAUCGUCUCCAUGUCCGACGUCGUCCGCUCGCUCCUACGCGACGCGUCGUCCGAAACGGCGGAGGCAGACGCCGAUCUCGCCGCGCUCCUCGAACGCGUCACGCUGCGAGACCUUCGCCUGGACGAGAGCGUCGUGUUCACCGUCGACGCGGACUCGCCCGCGUUCGAGGCGUUCGAGCAGAUGACGCGGCGCGGGCUGAGCGCCGCGGCGGCGGUCGGCGCGAAGAGGGGCCGCGAUGUGAGCGGCGGCGGUACAGCUGGCGGCGCGAAGGACGUGGUGGGUAACGUCAGGUGCGUUCUAUACACUGGUUCCCAUACGACCGCGUUCGCGUGGUGA